UAUUUUUAUUAUUUAUUAUUCACCCACUGUUGCAUCAUGUAGAAUUGAGUAAAUGUUAUUUUUGAUAUUGAAAUUUAAAAUCGAAAACACCAUUGUGAGACUGAUUUGAUAAUAGAGGUUAUCAAAAUGACGAAAAUUCAUUGGUUCAGAACAUACUAAACGUCAUUCUCCGAAUACUGAUUGGUUAAUAAAAUAUGUUUGCUGGAUUAACAAAUUCUUUCGCAAGUUGACUAUAAAGAAGUAACCACGAUUUUAUUGAUUUAUUCGAAUAAAUUUUUUCAUAAUUGAAACGUAAAUAUGUCACAAAAUAUACUAGUUAUAGGAAACGGCGGUCGGGAACAUGCCAUAGUUUGGAAACUUUCUCAAAGUUCAAAAGUAAACAAAAUAUAUGUGAGUCCAGGUAGUUAUGGAAUUCAACAGGUGGCUAAAGCCGAAAAUAUCAUUUUAAGUACCUUCCAAGAUAUCAAAAAAUUCUGUAAAGAGCAACAAAUAUCACUAGUAGUAGUAGGACCUGAAGUUCCUCUAGCUAAUGGAAUUGCAGACGCACUUUCAACAGAUGGAAUCAAGGUAUUUGGACCAAAAAAAGAACCAGCUCAAAUUGAAUCUGAUAAAAAUUGGGCGAAAUCUUUCAUGGAUAAACAUGGUAUACCAACAGCUAAAUGGAAAUCGUUUACUAGUGCAACAGAUGCCAAGAACUUCAUCAACAAUGCUACAUUUGCAGCUCUAGUUGUAAAAGCAAGCGGAUUAGCAGCUGGGAAAGGGGUAGUUGUAGCAAAAGAUAAAAUAGAAGCGUGUAAAGCUGUCGAUGAAAUUUUAGGGGAUAAAAAAUUUGGAGAUGCUGGAGAAACAGUUGUAGUGGAAGAACUAUUAUCAGGGGAAGAAGUAUCUGUUCUAGCAUUUACAGAUGGAGUUACUAUAAGAGCAAUGUUGCCUGCUCAAGAUCACAAAAGAAUAUUUGAUAACGAUAAAGGUCCAAAUACAGGAGGAAUGGGUGCAUAUUGUCCGUGUCCUUUACUAUCCCCCGAACAAUAUGAUUACGUACAAAAGGAAGUACUGGAAAAAGCGAUUGAGGGAUUCAAAAAUGAAAAACUAAAAUUCGUAGGGGUUUUAUAUGCCGGAUUAAUGUUAACUCCAACCGGACCAAAAGUAUUGGAAUUUAAUUGUCGAUUUGGUGAUCCAGAAACCGAAGUUAUCCUACCUCUAUUAGAAUCCGAUCUGUACGAUAUCAUGAUAUCUUGUUGCGACGGUACUUUGAGUAAACAACAAAUUAAAUGGAAACAAAACGUUAGCGCAGUCGGUGUAGUACUAGCAUCUAAGGGAUAUCCGGAAACUUCUAGUAAAGGACAAGUUAUUUCAGGUCUCGAUGUUGUUAAUAAAGAUCUGAUUGUUUUCCAUUGCGGUACGGCUUUGAAAGAUGGUGUAGUAGUGACGAACGGUGGUAGAGUAUUGAUUUCAGUAGCUCUAGCUCCACAACUUACGGUUGCAGCUGCUAAGGCAACUAAAUCAUGUGGGAUUAUCAAAUUUGACGGUCAACAGUAUCGUAGGGAUAUAUCCCAUAAAGGGAUAGCGAGAUCAAUUCUUCAGUUUGGUAAACUAACCUACAAACAAAGCGGCGUCGACAUAGAUGCCGGCAAUGAUUUAGUUAAUCACAUUAAACCGGCUGCCAAAUCGACAAACAGAACCGGCGUUAUGGGAGGCCUAGGCGGUUUCGGUGGUCUGUUCGAUACCAAAGCCGCCGGAUAUAAAGAUCCUCUUCUAGUAUCCGGAACCGAUGGAGUCGGUACUAAAUUGAAGAUAGCUCAAGCUGUCGGCGUCCACGACACCAUCGGCGUAGAUUUAGUAGCCAUGUGCGUUAAUGAUAUUUUAGCCCACGGGGCGGAACCUUUAUUCUUCUUAGAUUAUUUCGCAUGCGGAAACUUGGAGGUCGACAUAGCUAAACAGGUAGUGACGGGAAUCGCCGAUGGGUGCAAAUUGGCGGGAUGCUCUCUUAUAGGUGGUGAAACGGCAGAGAUGCCGGAUAUGUACCAACCCGGAGAUUACGAUUUAGCCGGUUUUGCGGUUGGGGCUGUGGAAAGGGAGCGAUUAAUGCCUCGAAUCGAAACUAUAACACCUGGUGAUGCGGUAAUCGGUUUACCGUCGUCGGGGGUUCACAGUAACGGUUUUAGUUUGGUUAGAAAAAUAAUGAAAAUGGCGGGAAAGGAUUACAACAGCGUAGCACCGUUUAGUAAACGAAACAAAACAUUUGGUAGUGAAUUACUGACCCCAACGAAGAUCUACGUUAAAUCUGUUAUACCCGCUAUUAAAACCGGAAAAGUUAAAGCGUUCGGACAUAUAACAGGCGGUGGUCUGCUGGAAAACAUUCCUAGAAUACUUCCGGAUGAGGUGGCGGUCGAACUAGACGCCGCGCAAUGGUCUAUACCGACGGUGUUUUCUUGGUUGGCUACUGCUGGUGGUGUUCAUCAAUUGGAGAUGUUGAGGACGUUCAAUUGUGGAAUUGGUGGUGUGUUGAUUGUUAGCGGGGUGAAUGUGGAAGAGAUUUUGGGUAUUGUGAAAGAAGAAGGGGCAACUAUCAUCGGAAAAGUUGUAAAAAAAGAAGCAGAUCAGGUUAUUGUUAAUAAUUUCGCCGCUGUUAUGGAAAUUUCCAUGCGUACCUAUAUACAGAGUGUAGUCGAAAACAUACCCACUUUUAAAAAGAAAGUGGGAGUUUUAAUAUCGGGCAGUGGUACUAAUCUCCAAGCAUUAAUCGACGCCACUCAAGAUCCUAUGCAACAAAUUGGAGCCGAAAUCGUAUUAGUCAUUUCAAAUAAAACAGGAGUUGAGGGAUUGAAACGAGCCGAAAGGGCCGGUAUUCCAACAAAAGUAUUAAAUCACAAAAAUUACUCAAGUAGAUUGGAUUAUGACAUGGCAUUACAUAACGAACUAACCUCAUCCGGAGUGGAUAUAGUUUGCUUGGCAGGUUUUAUGCGGAUUUUGACUGGCGAAUUUACCAGAAAAUGGAAAGGGAGAUUAAUCAACGUUCAUCCAGCGUUAUUGCCACUUUUCAAAGGAGUAGACGCUCAAAAACAAGCUUUGGAAUCCGGUGUACGAAUAUCAGGAUGUACGGUUCAUUUCGUUGAGGAAGACGUCGAUGCUGGUGCUAUCAUAGUUCAAGAAUCUGUACCAAUAGAACUUGAUGAUACUGUGUAUUCCCUCACAGAAAGGAUAAAAACAGCAGAGCACCGUGCAUUCCCUAGGGCCUUGAAACUCUUAUCGAAUGAAAAAAUCAGUUUGAGUCACGAUAAUAAAAUAAUUUGGAAAUAAAUUUUGUUAUUUAGAAAAUAAACUUUUAUAUAUA